AUGGUUGUUCUACACUCCCUUCCCGCCACCGUCGUCAUCUUACUGUCCCUCUUGUCUCUCCAAGUCUUGUGUCAGGAUCCCGCUACCGUCACAGUGGUUGGUACAACUAUAACUCAGACCUUUACUGCAGCGGCCUCGACCACGCCUCUUUCUCCCCAAUAUACCGACUCACUCACCUUCCGAGAGUCGAUUCUCAAUUCUACGAACUUCUUCCGCUACGAACAUUCGGCCGGAUAUAUAUAUUGGAACGAGACACUUGCGUCGUACGCUCAGAGCUAUUCCGAGGGCUGCGUCUGGACCCAUUCGCACGGUCCGUACGGGGAGAAUCUCGCCAGAGGAUACCCCGACGUUAUCUCGGCCGUGGACGCUUGGGGCAAUGAACGGGCACUGUAUAAUUUCUCCAGCUCCGACCCGACCGGCUUCACCGAGGCGACGGGGCAUUUCACGCAGUUGGUAUGGCAGAGCACGCAGGCCACCGGGUGCGGGUGGACCGACUGCGACGGCAAGAACGGACUGGACGGUAUAUACUUGGUGUGUGAGUACUGGCCGCCGGGGAAUGUCGUCGGGGAAAACAACCUGUUCUUCAAGGCGAACGUUGGCGCUGAACGGAGCGGCGGGGACAGCGGGUUCGACGAGCUGAGCGCAACGAUUGGCGCAACCGGAGGGACGCCGACUGCGACGACGAGUUUGUUUUCAAAUCCGCCCGCGGCGACGGCGAGCACUACCGGUGAGUCGAUCGGGGCUCCGGCGGUAGAAAUGGACCGGCGAGGCCUGCUUGUCACCGUGUGUGUCACGCUGGCCGCCGUGCUGUUCGGUCUGGGAAUGUCCUAG